UGGUGUAUGUGUUGUUUCUCGCGCGUGAAAGGCAUUGAAGGGAGAUAUAUCGAUGUGAUUCAAUAUGUGGAUGUGAAAUUUGGGCAGAGGACAAUGAUUCCGAGAUAGUAAGUGUGCAGAGAUGAGGAAGACUAUGUCGUGAUGGUGGCGGCGGCAGCUCAGGACUCUCGCUGAGGAAGCAAGGAAGGUGCCGGCCUGGGGGGUCAGGUGUGGCGGGCAGCGGGACCAAUGGGGAAGUGCCUGUCUUGUCUAAAGGUCCCUCCACCCGCCCACCAACGUAGCAUAUCGCACCAUCCUACAUUACAACACCCUCCUCCCCGGCACGAAUACGAACGAACCAGAGAGGUAAGCGAGAGUGGCAGCAGUCUUAGUGGUGUGGAGGGGCGUUCUCCAGUACCACCACCUGAUGCACAGAGUAAUGGCAGUGGAAAAAAUUCUGUAAUUAUCAGUGCCCCAGAAAAACGUUCAUUUUAUUCCAGAAUCCCACCACUUGCUAAGUCUGCCAGCAAUGAAGUCAGAAGAUUAUCAUCCAAAGACUAUUCUGAAGCAAAAAUUUGUGUUUUAUUUGAUCAGUAUAAGGACUGCCAGUGUGACUACAUCCUCUCAGAAGGCAUUGAAUGCCUUUGUAUGGAUUUAGAUGUAAAACCUGAAGAGUUUAAAGUGUUAGUUCUAGCUUGGAAAUUUGGGGCUGAAACAAUGUGCAGAUUUAGUAGAGGAGAAUUUGUGAGUGGGUGCAAAGCCCUGAGAGUGGACUCUAUUAAAGGUAUACAGUCCAGAUUUUCAGACAUGCUGCUUGAGGUCCAGGAUCCAGAAAAAUUCAAAGACUUGUAUAGAUUUACUUUCAAGUUUGGCCUGGAUGCUGAUGCCAGCCAACGAAUUCUACCGUCCGACAUGGCAGUGUUGCUAUGGAAGCUUGUUUUUUCACAGCAUGAACCUUCUAUUUUAAAGAGAUGGUUGACUUUCCUUGAAAGGCAUCCAAAUAUUCGGGGUAUUCCCAGAGACACCUGGAAUAUGUUCCUAAAUUUUACAGAAGUUGUGGGGGAAGAUCUAAGUUCUUAUGAUGAUACAGAAGCGUGGCCCAGCCUUUUUGAUGACUUUGUUGAAUUUGAAAAUGAUCAAUUGAACCAAAAUAUAACUAAAGAUCAUAAAGAAGAGAGUGAAUAAUGCCACGUUAAUACUAGGAAGGAAUAUUUCAUAUGAGCAUGUUUUAAGUGAUAUUUUUAAAAUAUGAUUGAAUUUUUUAUUGUUUUCUGUCUUUAUACAAAGUGCUCAUUUUAAUAGUUCAGAAAGUUCUAUACCACUGAUGCUAUGACCUGAGAUAUUAACCAUAACUGUUAAUGCAAUGAAUUACAUAUUGUACUUGUUUACAACUUAGAGAAAAUUGUCUUUAUUUUGUUCAUGUCACAAAUAUUUGAGUAUUGGUAGGUUGAUGAAAAAUGCACGAAUGUUUGAGACUAGUGAUAUGACCCACUGCAGUUUUGUGACACAUUUAUGUACGAGUGUUGAAGAUGAAGUGUAGGGAUAAAGUGUGUACAGUAUUUAUUACUAUAUGGUGCCAGAAGAACAAACAUUAACUGUGAGAGUCGCCUCAACUUUUCCCUUCUAUUUUCUUACAAUAACAAAUAUUUUUUUUAUAGUCUCAAGUCUGUUGAAGGAAACUGAUGUUUAGUAUCCAGCAUGUUUCACAGGUUGCAGCCUAGGCUAACUCUUGACAAUGAUGGCCGACACUAUUUAAGCAAAUAGUACAAGUCUUCCAUCACAACCCUGAACCCUGACCCUCAGGGACUAGUGUGGGAGGUGAAUGUAACCACUCAGUGUUGAGAGCUAAGGUAGUUAUAGUGCUGCUGCUACUGGCACAUCACAAAUCUCCUUGGUUUUCAUUAGUUACCUUGAAUUUCCAGUAACAAGCUUCAGUCCAGCCAUCUUUUCCACAAAUUCAGGUAUUUGUCGAGGCUUUGCUACACUUACCCUUUGGAGAAGAUGUGGAAUGUUUAAAAACUUCAGCUUUUGUGGGUCAAGUUUCAGUCUUGGAAUUGAUGGAUGGUUACACUUCAAAGUAGACUUCUGCUCUGGAGUUCUCAUUAAGGGAAGCUUUUGUCAUAACCAAUGCUUCUUAACAUUUUUACUUCAACCAGAUCUUUAGAGUACAUGCUAAAGUACUUUGAAUCAAUUUGAAACCUGAUGGAAGGACUGAAGCUGACUUCAAGGAAAGUGUUUUUCUUGCUAGUCCUAGCAUCAAGUACACAGAUAUUAGAGAGUUGUGCCAUUAGAAGAGAUGUACUGGUUACAUAUUUGGAUCUUCUCUUCAUUGAGCAUCUCAAAGGUUUUGGUCAAAAGGUUAAGCUGGACUGAGGCUUAUUCCUGGAAAUCCAAGAUAGGUUAAUUUGGACAAGGAAGGGUUGUGAUGCACAAGCACCAGGACUUUCCACUUCUUAACACUGAUUGAUGAGUUUACCUUGCAGACCUCUCCCUGAGGGAUAAGGUUGUAACAGGAGAGUUUUACCUACAGUUUGAUUAGUGCCAGCCACCAUUAGGUUUUAGCCAGGUUUGUAACCCCUUGAGAUUUAAUGGGCAGUAAAUAUAAAUUUAUAUCCAAACUCCACUAUGAAAUGGGAUUACGGGAUCAGUCCUUCAUUUUUACACCUAAAGACUGAUGGACACAAGUUCUGUACAUACUGUAGUUAUAUUUUGCUAUUUAUUUCUUUUUGGAGUCCCUAAAGUACAGAUAUUCUAUUGCAAAUGAAAUGUUUUAAUAGAAAAAUUAUGUAACUGAAAUUUCUUUUAAUUGGUAUUGUUACCUAUACAGGUACAGUACUCAUUGUUUUUAAUUGUUUCAGAGAGGAAAAUGUUAUCAGAUUGCUCUUUGUACCAUUAAUCAGUGGAGGGAAUCGGUGGUAAAAAAGAGGACUUUUUUUUUAACCCUCUCGCGCAUGCAAUAAGUUUUUAAGUUUCCUUGACCACAACAAAAGUCAUAUGGGACCACUCACAUGAGGUCUGGUUAUCUUCAUUCUGCGGCCAAUUUAUCACACAAGAAAUAAAAUUUUUCUCAUGAUAUGUACAUCAUUGGCUUCAUUAUUGUUUUGGCUUUAACAUAGUAGGAAGACAACGACGAAAAUAAGACUAUUUUUUCAUUCAGACUAAAUAAAAUAUCAUGAAUGUUUUCCCAGCAUCAUAUCUUGGAUAUUUUUCACAAACCUACCAAGGUACAGUGUUAUAUACUAUAUACAGUAGUUAUAAAAGUGGAAUUUAUGAGCUUUCCAACGGUGGCUUUGGAAUUUUGAAAUGACUGAUUGUGGGAAGGGUGGGAGAGGAAAUAGAGAGAGAAAUGCAACCUACCAGCACAGCUGACGGGAGGAAACUGAUGGACAGCAGAACUCCAUCAGCGUUUUGGUACUUUCUGGAACUUUGACUCGCAAGAUCAUGAAUUCAUAUAUGACGCAAGAAAAUUUGAUGCAAUUAUAUAUCUUGGAAACUUUUUAGGGAGGACGAAUUUUUAAAGUUUAAUGACGCAAAUAGUGCUACCCAAUGAUUUGCAUCACAUUGUGCGAGAGGGUUGAUCAGAAAUCCAACAACAGGGGUGGUACCUCUAAAAGAUAUAAAGUACCUGUACAUAUAAAACAAAACAUUUAAGUAAAAGUUAAAUUUAAAUUAUGGGGCUUAAAGAAUUGUACUACCGUGUAUUUAAUUAAUAAAUUUUCUUGAAUAUUGUAAUACAGUACAGUAUACAGCAACAAAAUUUACAUGGUGUAAAGACUGUACUGUACUGAUAUUUGUACAGUACUCAGGUCCUCUUCAGUAAGUGUUGGAAUAUUCUGAAAUGCAGAAAAAAAAUAUAAUCUCAUGUUUGUCAGUUACAUUUGCUCAUCACUGAACAUCACUCAAAGGUGAUUUGUACUUAAAAUAUCUCUUGUGUUAGAAACUAUACAUGUGAAACUAU